CACUGUUUGCUUUUACCAACACUGUUUUAGAGAUGUCGCGAAGUUCGGACAAGUUAAAUUUUAUAGAUCAAAACACUUUCGACAAAAUCCGAGAUACGGAGGCUAAGGAUGCAGAAACCAAGAUCACUCCUCGUAGCUCCAAGUUCAAAAGCAAACACAGAAAACCGGAGCAACAACCUACGCUUCUUGAUUUUCUCGUCAAGCCGCGACCAAGCACACAAAGGCAAUUGAAAUCAAGGAAACUGAAGAAGCCUCAUUUAACCAUAUCAAGAGGUAUUUAUACAGCAACCAAAGCCAAGGGCAAGACGCGACUGAAUCAUAAAAAAAAGGUUACAAAGUUGAAAAAGUCCGUAUGCAGUUAUCGAUCUUUAAAAAAAACGGAAGGAAAAGUCGCCGUGCAGAAAGUUGAAAAUAUUGCGGAAGACUCACAAGAGAUCCAGCAGGAAACUAUACCAGUAGAACGGCGAUUUCAGAAGCUAUCCCUUGUUGAGCCCACAAAGGAAAUCCAUUCCAUACACUCCCGACGUUUCAGAAGCUAUUGUGACAACUGCACCCGCCCGCGCCUAAGGGUGUUGGCCAUACAAUUGCUCAAGGAGCUGGAUCGGUUUCAGAAACGCGCUUUCGCCAAAAACGAGAUCAAGGCGCGGGCACACCCCCGCCUGGUCUUGGGUUUUCGAGAGGCUCUGGCCAGAUUGAGGAUCAACAAGGUGAAACUUUUAAUUGUGGCCACCGAUUGUGAGGCCUGUCCAGGAGAAAGUGGCCUGGACGAGACUAUAGACGGCUUAAAAUUUCAGUGCCAGCAGCACAGUGUACCCUACUGCUUUCCAUUGGUCAGGAGAGAGCUGUCCUAUGCCCUCCAGAAACGGGCACAGAUCUCCUGCGUGGCAAUCCUGGACUUCGAUGGAGUAAACGCCAUCUACGUUGAUCUUCUCAACGAAUUGGACGACGCUCGAGCCGAAUACAAACGCCGAACUGCGUCGUGAGAGUUUAUUUAGUGCCAGAUACAUAAUAAAAGUGCCAAGAUGUGCCUUAUACUUUGAAAAAACA